AUCUCACCGACCCGAGGAGAAGCUUCAUCCAGCACGGACAGACCUGUUGUGCUGAGAGCACAUUGCGAGUGCAUGGUGGUGGUGAGGGCAGGCGAGGUGCCAUCUGUGCCGGACCUGCGGGCGCUGCUGGGGGAGCGGGUCAGGCAGCAGGCAGAGCGAGGGAAACUGAGCUACAGGCAUUCGGAUGGCAAAGAGCUGGGUGCGGUUUCAGGCAAGGAUGAUCUAGGGGAGAUGUGGCAGCAGCUGACAGAUGGUGGGCUGACGCUCUGCUGCCAGGACUCGGACUCCCACUCGGGCAGACCUGUCCUCUACCGGAUGCUGGCUCAACACUCUUACCUGGCACAGGGACCGGGGGACCUGGAGUUCAGCAAGGGAGAUGUGCUGGAUAUUCUCUCUGAAGGUAGCUCUCCAGUGCUGUCGCAGGCUGUACAGGGGCAGGCUUUCGGAAUCUGCUGCAGGGAGGGACUGGGGAAUAGCUGGCCUCUCCAGUGCUGUCUCAGGCUUGUACUCUCAGGAGUGAAUGAGGACUGGCUCGAAGGAUGCUGCAAUGGCAAGACCGGCAUCUUCCCCAAAUGCUUUGCGACCCAGACCAGUGGUGGUGCUGCCUUCCUAUAG